AUGUGUUCACCAAAUCAUAACGACCUCGAAGGCAGUCCGGCAACGCCUCGAAACUCACUGACUGCGGUCAUCUCUACCUCCCCGAUGGAUGAAAAACCGUUUAUCGGAGCAGGAAAGCCAUUUCCACCCCCAAUCAUUGAUCCCGAGCAAUACAUUGUCGAUUUCAAUGGGGACGAUGACCCAACAAACCCUCUCAAUUGGAAUUUCUCUGUCAAACUUUAUAUCUCCGUGAUCGUUUGCUUAGGAACCUUUGUUGUUUCAUUCAGCAGUGCCGCCUUUGCUCCAGGAAUUACCGGUGCAAGUAAAUACUUCGCCGUCAGUUCAGAGGUUGCAACCCUGGGGACAACCUUGUACGUCCUUGGCUUUGCAUCUGGUCCUUUGAUCUGGGCACCCGCAUCCGAGCUGCAAGGACGAAAGUGGCCGUUGACAAUUGGCAUGUUAGGCGGAGCCAUCUUCACUAUUGGAUCAGCUGUUGCCAAAGACAUCCAGACUUUGAUCAUCUGCCGCUUUUUUGGAGGGAUGUUUGGAGCAAGCCAGCUCACUGUGGUACCGGGUGUACUGGCUGAUAUCUUCGACAAUACGUAUCGUGGCAUGGCAAUUUCUCUCUACGCAUUGACAGUGUUUGUCGGCCCCUUAUCUGCGCCCUUUGUGAGUGGCUUUAUCGCGUCAAGCUACUUAGGGUGGCGAUGGACUCUAUACAUUCCAGCGAUCCUGAGCUUCGUCUUUGGAGCCUUGUUUCUUUUCUCUCUAAAAGAAACAUACACCCCAGCUCUCCUGGUGAAAAAGGCAGCUACCCUGCGCCGGCAAACCCACAACUGGACCAUACAUGCAAAGCAUGAGGAGAUAGACGUGCAGUUCUUUACUCUGAUCAACAAGUAUUUUACUCGUCCUUUGAGAAUGCUACUCACGGAGCCGAUCCUCCUUUUGGUGUCAAUCUAUAUGUCAUUCAUUUAUGGACUGGUUUAUGCGCUUCUUGAGGCCUAUCCCUUUGUCUUCGAGGAAAUUUACGAUAUGAAUCCCGGUACCAGCGGACUGACCUUCAUCAGCCUCAUUAUUGGAGUGAUACUGGCUUGUGGGUUUAUUCUCUCACAACACAGGGUCUAUGUGAGAAAACUUGCCGAGAACAAUAAUGUUCCUGUGGCAGAAUGGCGCCUGUUUCCUCCUCUUGUGGGAGCUCCGGUGUUUACAAUUGGCUUGUUCUGGUUUGGUUGGACAGGUUUUACCCCGGCAAUACCUUGGAUUGCUCCAGCGGCUGCUGGACUUUUCAUUGGCUUCGGAGUACUUUGCAUAUUUCUUCCAUGCUUUAACUAUCUCGUGGAUGCGUACCUUCCGUUAGCCGCAUCUGCCGUUGCAGCAAACAUUAUACUUCGAUCAGCAGUCGCUGCAGGAUUUCCACUUUUCGCCAAACAAAUGUUCCAAAAUCUGGGCGUGCAGUGGGCAAGCACCCUUCUUGGUUGUUUAGCAGCCAUCAUGAUUCCAAUUCCGUUCACUUUCAGGAUAUACGGCCCUUGGCUAAGACAAAAGAGCAAGAUCCUUCGGUAA